UUUCGGGCCUAGGAUGAAGGGUCUAGGCCCGAAACGUCAGCUUUUGUGCUCCUGGGCCUGCAGUGUUCAUCCAGCCUCACAUUUUAUUAUCAGUGUGAGAGAAACAAUGUGAAAGAUAGGGGUAGGGAUAGAGAAAGAAAUUGAGAGUGAAACAGAGAGAAAGAGAAACUGAAAGUCAGAGGAGUGGGAGUGAAACUGAGUGUGAGAAAGAUUGAUAGAGAUUUAAAUAGAGAGAGAGAAAGAAUGGGAGAUGAGAGGAAGGAGGGAGGCACACAGGCUGAGCUAAGGGACGUGAGUUGACUUUACAUCUGCUGUCCCGCCCAUUCCUCAUACCCUUCAGUGCCCAACAUUUGCUCUUCUCAAUCUUGAAUAUGAUCACUGAUGCAGUAUCUGUAAUGCUCUGGAGUAGAGAACUCAAAAGACACAAUCCUGUGAGUGAAGAAAGUUCCCUUCCCUUGUUCUGAGACACUGCACCCCUUUUGUGUUAGGUACCUUAACCGGGGGGGGGAGCAAAACCUUGUAAUAUCUGUCAAUCUCCAGCCAUCUUGUAUGUUUCAAUGAGAUCAUAUUCUCCUACAAAACAUUGGCCCAGAUAAGGCUCCUCCUCAUAUUGUGAGAAAACCCCCUCAUCUGAGAACUGUCUAGUGGAUGUCUAUAAAGUAUGCCCUUCCCCAGUUUAAGGGGUAUGCUGACCAUGCUGAGGCUCUCGGUUAUUUUUCUAGUAGGAGUAUUGCUUGUGAGGACAAUGGCGUGGACCUCUUCUGGAAACUCGCAUUCACAGCUAGUCCAGAAUCUUAAAAGUUAUCAGGCAACUAUUAGUGCACCUCAAAUGCACGCAUAUGCACUGGAAUGUCUGAACAGCCAUCUGUAUGAAGGGGCUCGAGCUCUGGAUGUGGGUUCUGGAAGUGGCUACUUGACUGCCUGCAUGGCCAAAAUGGUGGGAGCCACAGGGACAGUGGUUGGAAUUGACCACAUCCAGGAACUGGUGGAACAAUCCAUUCGCAAUGUGCAGUCGGAUAAUGCCACAUUGCUCAGCUCAGGCCGGCUCACUCUGAUUGCGGGAGAUGGCCGCCGCGGUUACCCCGAAGGAGCGCCUUAUGAUGCCAUUCACGUGGGUGCAGCUGCAGCUGUAGUUCCUCAGAACUUGCUGGAUCAGCUGAAGCCUGGUGGCCGUAUGGUCGUUUCAGUUGGUGUAAGCGGGGGGAGUCAGUCAUUACAGCAGUUUGACAAAACGUUAGAUGGAACCAUUGUCCGCACCACACUGAUGGGAGUGAUAUACGUGCCCCUGACGGAUCGGGAGAAGCAGCUAAGAGGGCAUGACCUGUGAAGGAAUGAGGCAGAGUCUCGCCAAUACCCCCUGGAGGACCUGAUUCUGUACGGCUGACGAAGAUUGUGUUUUGACCUCAGUAUCACUCUCACUUGAUGGAAAUCAGUGCUAUGCCUUAGAUUUGGAUGGUGGGGUUACUCUUGGAUAUCAGUGAACUGGUUUGAACGUGGGUGGUCAGUACUAUUGACAUGAUUGUAGAACGGCCCACAGUGUGUCUCUGUGGUGUAGAUGGAAUCCACAAUAAAACAUCUGCUUGGCUCACAACAA